GCAGGAGGCUGUGCUGGAGGAAGGGGUUACCCAAUCUGGUCCUGCAACGCCCGCCGUAUCCGUGUGGCUUUGCCGCAUGGUGUUAUUUUGAUAAUCGCCCUGGGAAGUGGGCGGGUCUGGAAUCAUUGUCCCCAUUUGAAACUUGGGGAAACUGAGUCCCACAGAAAUUGGCUUCAACCAGAGAUUGGAACACUUCCAGACACUCGCCGCCUUCAUCUUGUUCAGACCUCAGGGUGGGCUGGUGGAGCCCAGACACAGUUCCCGGCGGCCCUCGCGGGGGACAGCCAGCUGCCCUGGCCUGCCCGGAGGUGAUGGAAUGUAGCGGAGUCUCUCAGGAGGGCUGUCGACCUUGACGCGCCCAGCAGGAGGCUCCUGAGGCUGUGUCCAGGCUCUGAACUGCCCUACGUCGGCAGACUGGCUGGGGGUGGGCCGCAGAUAUGUCCCGGUCGCUGGCUUUUGUCCUCAAUGUCCCUGAGACCCCACAGGACCCAGAGGACAGCCAGGAGCCCAGCCCCUAUGAUGAGAGCGAAGUGCACGACUCUUUCCAUCAGCUCAUCCAGGAGCAGAGCCGCUGGGUGGCCGAGGAGGGGCUGGAGCUGCAGCAGAGGGUGCCGGGGGCUGGAGCCCUGGGGGCCUCAGGCAGUGACCGCCAGGCCUUGCUGGGGCCCGAGGGCGCCCCUGUCUACAGCACGGCCACACUCCGCAUCUUGGCCAGCAUGCCCAGUCGCACCAUUGGCCGGAGCCGCGGCGCCAUCCUCUCCCAGUACUACAGCCGCACAGUGAGGCUGCGCCGCAGGGCCGGCCGGCCUCAGCUCAGGGAUGUGGGCCGCUCGGCCCGGCCCAGCCUCCGCCUGUACGACCUGGAGCUGGACCCCGCGGUCCUGGAGGAGGAUGAGAAGCGGGGCCUCCUGGUGAAGGAGCUUCAGGGCCUGACGGUGGCCCAGCGGGACCACAUGCUCCGGGGAAUGCCGCUGAGCCUGUCCGAGAAACGCUGCCUGCGAGAGGAGAGCCGGCCCCCGAGGGGCAAGCGGAGGGCCCGGGGGCACCGUGGGCUCCUCUCCUGCUGCAGCCAGCUGCGCGACAGCUGUAUCCUGGCGUCGCACAACCUGGGGCUCGCACUGCUCUCGGGGCUGCAGGCCCUGAUGCCCUGGCACUACGCCCUGAAGCGGAUUGGGGGCCAGUUUGGCUCCAGCGUUCUCUCCUACUUCCUCUUCCUCAAGACCCUGCUGGCCUUCAACACCCUGCUGCUGCUGCCACUGCUGGCCUUUAUCGUGGGCGUGCAGGCCGCCUUCCCGCCUGCGCCCUCGGGCUCCGUGCCCGCCUUCAGGGGCCUGGAGCUUCUCACGGGCGGGGGCCGCUUCACCCACACCGUCAUGUACUACGGCUACUAUAGUAACGCGACGCUGAACCAGCCGUGUGCCUCCCCACGGGAUGGCGGCCAGUGCACUCCUGAGGCGGGCGGCCUGCCCUACAACAUGCCCCUGGCUUACCUCUUCACCGUGGGGGUAGCUUUCUUUAUCACCUGCAUCACUCUGGUGUACAGCAUGUCCCGCUCUUUUGGGGAGAGCUACCGGGUGGGCAGCACUUCGGGGGUCCAUGCCAUCACUGUUUUCUGUUCCUGGGACUACAAAGUGACUCAGAAAUGGGCCACCCGCCUCCAGCACGACAAUAUCCGAACCCAGCUGAAGGAGCUGCUGGCCGAGGGGCAGCUGCGGCAGCGCCCCCCGAGGGCGUGCGGACGGCUGCGGCAGGCGGCCGUGCUGGGGCUCGUGUGGCUGCUGUGUUUGGGGACCACGCUGGUGUGCGCCCUGGCCGUCUACAGCUUCUCAGAGCUCGUGCUCCAGCAGAGCCGCGUGUCUGCUGAGCGGGACUGGGCGCUGCUGGCCCUGCCCCUGGUGGUCUGCCUUCUCAACCUGGGGGCCCCCUACCUGUUCCGCGUCCUGGCCGCCCUGGAGCGGCACGACUCCCCGGUGCUAGAGGUGUACGUGGCCAUCUGCAGGAACCUCAUCCUCAAGAUGGUCAUCCUGGGGAUUCUUUGCUACCACUGGCUGGGCCGCAGGGUGGGCACCCUGAAGGACCAGUGCUGGGAGGACUUUGUGGGCCAGGAGCUGUACCGGCUCAUGGUGAUGGACUUCAUCUUCACGCUGCUGGACACGCUUCUGGGGGAGCUGGUGUGGAGGCUCAUCUCUGAGAAGAGGUCUCAGAGGAAGGGGAAGCCUGAGUUCGACAUUGCGGGGAAUGUUCUGGAGCUGAUUUACGGGCAGACCCUGACCUGGCUGGGGGUCCUCUUCUCCCCGCUCCUCCCCGCCAUGCAGAUCAUCAAGCUGCUGUUCCUCUUCUACGUCAAGAAGACGAGCCUGAUGGCCAACUGCCAGGCACCCCGCAGGCCCUGGAAGGCCUCCCACAUGAGCACCGUCUUCAUCUCGCUGCUCUGCUUCCCCUCCUUUCUGGGCGCUGCCAUCUUCCUCUGCUACGCCAUCUGGCAGGUGAAGCCCUCGAGCACCUGCGGCCCCUUCCGGACCCUGGACACCAUGUAUGAGGCGGGCAAGGUGUGGGUGCGCCGCCUGGAGGAGGCGGGCCCCAGGGUCUCCUGGCUGCCCUGGGUGCGCCGGUACCUGGUGGAAAGCGCCUUCCCCGUCUACUUGGCGUCGGCCCUGCUGCUGGCCGUGAUCUACCUCAACAUCCAGGUGGUGAAGGGCCAGCGGAAGGUCAUCUGCCUCCUCAAGGAGCAGCUAAGCAACGAGGGGGAAGACAAGAUCUUCUUAAUCAACAAGCUUCAGCGUAUCUACGAGAGGAAGGAGAGGAGCAGCCAGGUGGGCCAGCUGAGGUCUGCAGGUCGAGGCCCCUGGGGCUCCCCGGCCCCGACCCCGGGCAGCAGGAGCCCCCAGAACGAGCCAUCUAACAAGACCCGCUGCCCGCACCACUCCCUCCCUUGCCAAGGCCCCGGUGGUGAGUCGUCGCGGCCUCGUCCGGCUCCCUCCCUUGCCAAGGCCCCGGUGGUGAGUCGCGGCCUCGUCCGGCUCCCUCCCUUGCCAAGGCCCCGGUGGUGAGUCGUCGCGGCCUCGUCCGGCUCCCUCCCUUGCCAAGGCCCCGGUGGUGAGUCGCGGCCUCGUCCGGCUCCCUCCCUUGCCAAGGCCCCGGUGGUGAGUCGCGGCCUCGUCCGGCUCCCUCCCUUGCCAAGGCCCCGGUGGUGAGUCGCGGCCACUUCUCUGCAGAGCCUUUCAGCCCGGGGAGGCCUGGAAGCAGCUCCUGAGGAAGGCUGCUGGGGAUGCUCUGGCCUCGGCUGCCCAGAGGGAUGACUGUGGGGCUCCUCAGCCUCCCGAGCGAGGCCCGCGCUGCCCAAGGCAACGGGGCCCCUUGCUGACUCCCCUUUCUGGCAGGGUUGGUAGAACCGAGGAGGCCGUGACGCCCCCGGCCGUAUUCACAGACGACUGGGAUGCCCAGUAGGACAGCGCUGGGCCCCGCAGCCCGGGAACCCCGUCACCCUCGGUUCGCACGGACCUGCGGGCACAGAUGCUGCCUGGAGAUGGCCCCACUGGGACACGGGGAAGGCGAUGGGAGUCUGCAGCCCGUCCGAGGCUGGAGCACCCCCAGUGGACCCUGCUCAGGACUCUAUUUAUCCUGAUUAAACACGUUGUGCAAGA